AUGCAAGCCAUAUCUAGGAAUGACCCCCACAGAGGAGAUCAUCACUCCUCUAGAAGAUCCAACCCCGGCCUAAAAGGGGAGCAGGUUUUAGGAAGAAGAGGAAGAGGCACAACUCGAUCGAGUGAGCAAGCUCGAUCGAGUGAGCCGAACCCAGUCGAGUGGAGUGCUCCUGAUGGCCGUCUCCCAUCUCCAGACCACGACCUAGCUCCCAGUUCUUUGGGGGGCACUGAGGUCUUUUGGAGCAUUCUGGAGCAUAUGGGACAUAAGGAGCAUGGAGGGACUUGGCACAUGGAAGCAGCUCAACUGGAUACGCAAAGGAAGAAGGGAGAAGCCAUCUUGAAGACCAGCUCGACCGUCUACUCGACCAACCGGUCGAGUUCCUCAACUCGACCGGCCAAGCUUCAACUCGAUCGAGCUGAGAAGUCAAAGUCAAACCCGAAAAAUGUUGCUUCCCCCUUGACUUUCCUUUGA